GCCCCGAUGUCGUCCUCGCCGCCGCCGGCUCCCGCUCCCGGCGGCGCCGGGCGGCUCCAACACCACUUCGCCGCUGCUCCCCCCACCGCCGGCGGCGACGACCAACUCCACCUCUCCCCCGCCUCCCCCUCCGCCGGCGGCGACCGGGCCGGUGCCUCCGAAUGGGUUGCCGCCGGGGCGCUGGCGGGGCUGAUAGUGGGGAUUGGGAUUGGGGGCCUGAUCGUGCUGGUUGGGGUCGGCAUUUUCGUGAUUUUCUACCGGAGGAGGAAGAGGAGGAGGCUUGAGCUGGGGAAUUACCCUAUUCAGGGGCCUAAAGGAUAA